CCUCUUGCAAACUGCAAAAUUGUAGCUAACGGAAAUACCCCUUCACUUGGAAAUCCGACAAUGGUAGCCUGAUAAUAGCUAUUUUGUGCAACCAGUCAUAACGUUUAUUUGUGUUAACUUUUAAAAGGCAGCUAAAAGCUGACCAUUUGUUAACUUCAACCCGGGAAGACAACGUUAGUUGGACAGCAAGUUGUUUGGCACACAUGUUGUCUACCACACUACGCAAAAAGUUAGGCUAUUUAUAAGGCUAACGUCUUUGUUGGCUGCGUGCAACUUACAGAUGAGAUGUUUUGACCGAUGAGACUUAAAAUGGAAGACGAAGUAAAAUGUCAGGUGUGUGGUCUCAAGUUUACCAGCGUCUGCCAAUUUAAAAAACAUGUUCGCGCUGUUGCACAUCAACAGAGGGUUGCGGAAAUAUUUCACAAAGACGUCCACAAGGGUCCAGUCUACUUCCCAACCAUUUUGGUCCCGUAUAAACUGUCCAAGUGCCUUUCCAAAUGCCCGGUCAUAGGUCUGAAUGUGAUGACUUUGUGUCUAAGCUCAGGGUCAAAAGAUCUGUUCUAUCUGUGCCAUGUGUGCGAGGAGAAGUGUUCAGAUGGAAAGCUCAUGGAACACCUUGCCUCACCUUUCCACUAUUCCAACUACUAUAGUUACACAGACCCUGAUCAGUUGAGUUUUGCAUGGCUUUCUGACACAACGAUGCAGAACCAUCUACUGCCCCUGGCUUUCAAAGAGGUGGAGCGUAAAGGGUCUGGGCUGAUCUGUAUAUUUGACAUGCCGGGUGAGGUGUUCGACAGUUGCAAGGGAAGAGCCUAUUCCAAAGUGAUGCAGUGUCUCACUCAAACUGAAUUGCUGGCAGAGCGAAUCACAGCUGGUAGACCGAAACAAAUGUCCUUGCAGGAAUACAAGAAAGAUCCCAACAGAAAAAAGCCUCUUGUAGGUCUUCAGCACAUUGUGGAGUACAUCUGUAAGGUGCCGUAUAGAAAGUCAGCCUACCUGUGUACACUAUGUGCCAGAUCUCUGCCUGCCAACAAGAUCAUCAACCACGUUAUUGGUUUUGACCACAUUUACUGGUAUUUAAAAGAGUGGCACCCUUCCACACUACUAAUGAAGGACUCCUACAAGAUGUACAGCAGCCGAUUUAGCUCCAUGAUGCUCAAUGUAGCCAGUCAGGCGGAAAAAAUCAGAGGAACAGCCAACGCUGACAUAAAGCAAGUGGAGUUGGAGCCAGCUUUGUUUACAUCAGUGGGCUUCUCUUGCUAUAAAUCAGCAUUUGAAAGGCUGGAGUCCAUCAGAAACCAUCGCAAGGAGAGCAGUUUGAAGACCAUCCCCAAACCAGGAGAUAAACUGACUGAAAAGACCCUGGAGGGUGUCGCCACUCAAGCUGAGGUUGUUUCUGCUGUCAAUGACCUUUCUACACCAAGUGGAAAAGCUAAGGUCAAUGCUAAUGCUACGGGCAAUGCCAAGGCUAAUGCUACCGCAAACGCUGAGGCAAAUGAUAAGGCUACAGCUAUAAAGGCCUGUGAUGUAAAAUCGCCUCAGACCUCCACAACUGAGCUUCAAAUCACAGACACCGAACCUCAAGUUCUUGAUCCAGCUGUAGAGAUUUGCGAUCGAAAGACCAGGCUGAACUGUGUGGACUGCAAAAUGUCAUUCCUGUCAUUGAGGCAAUACAAGGUGCAUGUGUGGAGUAUGGAGCAUGUGCAGGUGCUGAAAGACAUUUUUGGACCAGAGAAUACCUGUAAUACUAAAGUGUCUCUGCCACACUUAAACAUGUAUGAGUGCCUCAAAAACUGUAAGCAUAUACCAUCCAUUGGUAUUGAUUGGAUGGUGUUGUGCGUGAGCACUGAGGAACCGCGUACACCCAUGAUCAUAUGCAAUGUUUGCUGCGAGAUUGUACCUGACUCCCAAAUUUACCAUCACCUGGGCUGCCAAAAUCACCUGUUACAGGCACUGAAAUUACAGUGCCCAGACCGACUGCCAUUUGGCUGGGAUGAAACUAUGCCUGCAUCCUCCCUGAAACCGCUAGCCUAUAUGGAGGAACAAGCACGUGCACAGAAACUGAUGAUGAUCAAGAUCUUCGACCUUCCAGCCAGCCUUUUUUCCAUCAUACAAACGUGCUCCUUUUCUAAUGUCAAGGACGACCUCAGGAAGUUUGCGAAAUACCUUCAAGGUGACCCACUGUUCCGGGGGCACCAUCUAUGGAAAAGCAAGUAUCCCCUGCUGGGUCGACAGUUUUUGGUUCAGUAUCAUUUAAACGGAACAUGGUUGGCGCAUUCGGCACCCGGAUACCUGUGCCUCCUCUGCGAGAGGAAGUGUGUUCUUGAUGGUUGCAGCCAUGUUUUCAGCUAUGACCACGUUACUGCUUUUCUUGAGUGUGCUCACCCAGGCACACUAAAGGAUAUGGAGUCUGGUACAAAGAAGAGGCAUGAUGUUCUGCUUGACCUCGCAAAACAGGCUCACAAAAUUCAUCCCACUGGAGGUGUACAGAAUCUUAUGAAAUAUACAGUGCACAACUCAGCCGAGUAUAAAAAGGCCUUGGAAAUCCUGAAUCGAAUGUCGAAUGGGAGAAAACUGAAACCUGGGUUGCAAGAGGGUAGCAAGCUGGUUCCUUCAGAUCUGGUUUUGCGUGACUCACCAAUCCCCCCUGCAGAAGAAAAAGACAAGACGACAGGUGCCAUACAAGAGACCAUCAAAGAAACUGACACAACCACCCAGGGGGCUGUGCAAACGACUCAAAAAGACCCUGCCAAUGAGACGCCCGACCAGAAUGGCAUGGACUGCAGAGAUACCGAAAGAGGGACAGAGAGUCACACUGUGAAGGACACUGGAAAGGAGUCUGAUGCUGAAGCUGUGGAGGGGCCCUAUAAGGGAACGAGGAACGACAGAGACCAGUCGAGGGAGAGAGAGCCCGAGGAAGACACUGUGGAAACGACAGCGAAGAGCUCCAGUGCCGCCAAGAAAAAUACGACCCGCAAGGAAACGGAGAGGCAGCCAGAGAACAAAAAUGUGAACAAUGCAAAGAAAAGGCCCCUCGUGGAAUGUGUUGUAAUACUUGAUGAUGAUGAAGAAGAAACGGGCAAGCUUUGUGAGAGCAAGACAGAGAGUGAGACCGGGGGAGGAAGUGGUAAAAAGAAAAAGAUGAUGGCUCCUUCUGAAACGACUGGGAGAGCAUGUGGCGUAGUUGGAGCUGACCCUCCUUCAGUCACUCCCCCAUCUGUCUCUCCAACCCAUCAGCUUUGGAAUUACCUGAAGACUCCCCAACGAGAACCUGUGAUUGGUUUGAGCCAAGUGAUUGAGUGCCACGCUGAAGGCCAAGCCCCUUUCUAUGUGUGUGAGGCAUGCCAGCAGACAGUCAGUCUGCCAGAAAUCAUCACCCAUUUAACCGCAGCCUACCACCGGCAAGCCUACCUGCAAUCCCAAAACAGAUAUGUUGUCGAAGACGAGAACGUGGUCCAAAGGCUCCGAUUUGCUGCUCAACAGCUGGAGAGCGAAAUAGGAAGUGGAGUUGCUCAGGUAGUGGAAUUGGAGGACUUCUUAGAUGACCACACCCGGAUGGACUACAAGCAGGUCAUAGAAAGUGUACAGGAGGCUCUGGCACUGUAUAGUCGGAACAAGGGCGAGGAAGAGGACCCCACGCAGACAUCCGUAGGCCUGUGGAGCUACCUCAACAACAGUGAUAGGAGACAGCCUGUCAUUGGUCUGAAAACGGUUACAGAGACUCGGUCACCAGACCAACCGAGUCAGAACCACUUCUAUUGUGAUAGCUGUUCUAAGAAGUUCACCACGGAUUCGUAUAUUUCCCACCUCAUCUCUGCCCACCAUCGCUACAACUACAUAAAAGGGGAGCAUCCGCAGCUGAUCCACGAUUGGCCGGAGAACGUGGAACCCACAAGUCGAAUUAGAAGUCUGUGUAAACUGGCCACAGAGCUGGAGCACAAGGAGGGGUGGGGGAGACUGCAGGUGAAGACACAACCUGCAGUGCAGUCUUCUAGAAUCACCACGAGUAAUGAAGACACCACCAGGAUCUCUGAGGCUUUGUGGAAGUUCAUCGAAAGACCCGACAGAGAGCCUGUCAUAGGGUUGAGUAUGCUGACUGAGUUUCGUUUGGCAAACACAACAAGGGCUUAUUUCCUGUGUAGCUGCUGUUCUACCAGGAUGCCGAUUUCAGCUUGCACCGAGCACAUAGUAUCCCCUCAUCACCGCUACAAUUACUUAAAACAGAUGCACCCGGAGCUAGCUCUUGAUCGGCCAAAGGAUCAGGUGUUGACUAAGUCUGUCCAUGGGGAACUGAGAAAGACAGCUGCGGAGCUGGAACGACGAGAGGGCUGUGGAACAGUCAAGGUGAUGGAGAGGCGGGCUGGGGCUUGUGGUGACUUGGAGCCACAGCCACGCUGCAGCGCCACAGAGUCGUCACAGCCACGCCGCAGCGCCGCAGAGUCGUCACAGCCACGCUGCAGCGUCGCAGAGUCGUCACAGCCACGCUGCAGCGUCGCAGAGUCGUCACAGCCACGCUGCAGCGCCGCAGAGUCGUCACAGCCACGCUGCAGCGCCGCAGAGUCGUCACAGCCACGCUGCAGCGCCGCAGAGUCGUCACAGCCACGCUGCAGCGCCGCAGAGUCGUCACAGCCACACUGCAGCGUCACAGAGUCGUCGCACAUCGCAGAUACUUCAACUACAGACUCGCCAGACACAGCAGCCAACCCAGACCCGCUGGUUGCAGCUAACCCAGACCCGGUGGUUGCAGCUAACCCAGACCCGCUGGUUGCAGCUAACCCAGACCCGCUGGUUGCAGCUAACCCAGACCCGGUGGUUGCAGCUAACCCAGACCCGGUGGUUGCAGCUAACCCAGACCCGAUGGUUGCAGCUAACCCAGACCGGGUGGUUGCAGCUAACCCAGACCCUGCAGUCACCACGGCCACCUCUGAUCAUUCAGCUGCAGACCCCCCGGAUAAUGUAAAGCCUGAAACCCAACCCAUGUUCUCUGCCGCUGUAGCUGUCUCCACGUCGGCGCGGUUAAAGACUCGGGGCAAACGCAGCCGUCCCCGGAAAGCCCCUGAGACGCACUCCUCUGGCUCCAGGAAAUCAACACAGCUGUUGAAUUCUGAGAAAAGUCCACGCAGGACUUCACAUGUUGUUGGAAUUGACUUCGUGGUUGCAGUCUCGUACAGGAAGAAGACGUGCUUCUUCUGUCAGCUGUGCUCUGUUAGGAUGAACGACAGCACCAGUCACAUGACUAACUUCAGUCACCAAUACACCUAUCUGAGGUGGCGGUAUCCUGGCUGGACUGCACACCCAACCAAGUUGGAGAAGAAGCUGAACAAGAUGGCCUCUUACUUGGCAAAGGCUGACAGAGAUGCAGGCCUGGUUAUGCAGAAAGUGCGGGUCAAUGGUGAUGAGUUCAAACGGCUGGUGUCUGCUCCGGAGCAGGAAGCCCUGAGGACACUGAAAGCCAUCACCAGGAGCCGUGAGCAGCCUAUGAAAACACCGGACCUGAGACGGACGGCUCUUUCGACCAAUCCAGACAGAGCACACAGUGAUCAGGGACCAAUCCCUGCGGUGUCCUCUCCCGCUGGUGUGUGUGACUCAGAGAGAGAGGAUGAGAACAGAAGGCUGCUGGUUCAAAUCCCAGUCUGUCUCUCUUUCUCAAAGAUUUUGGUAACAGACCAGGAACCUCAACCUCUUCCUUGUCCUCCCCUCACCUCCCCCCUCCCUGUCUCCCCCACUGUGAGAGUAGUUGCCCCUGCUACUUCAUCAUCUGUUUCCCUGUCUACAUCAAAUACACUGCCCUCUGUCCUUCCACUGGCCUCCGCCCUCCUCCCUUCCUGCAUCACUCCCACCCUGUCCACGCUGCAGCCGUGUCCAGAUUCUGUAGCAGCUGGCCUGGGACAUGGUGACACAAGCGCAGCCACGCAAACGCCAUGGCAACCGUUGGAAACCCCUCUAAGCCCAGAAUGGUGGGAGCGUUCAGAGGAACCGGUGCUUCCUGAAUGUGCCUCCUCCGAAUGUACCGAACUUCCCCGUCCUCUGGGACAAGGCCACGAUCGGCCACGCACACUGACGCCUGCCUCUUUGUACGCACACCUCCAGGACAGCACAGCACACUUGCGCAGAGUUCCUUCUGUGCACCUGCUCCCAAACACAGCCAUAGGUAAAAGAGUUGUUGGUCCCAGCAACCUGUCUAAGUACCUGGUAGUGAAAGCCCUGCACGACAAAGAACCAAUUAUAGGGCUGGACUCUGUGAUGGAAUGUAGAGGCAUAUCACAGGACACGUUCUUCAUGUGUGUCAGCUGUGCUGUGACGCUCUCCAGCAGACACAUCUGUGAACACAUCGUCACCGUGGGACACCAGUACUGCUACAUCAGGAUGCAGCAUCCGGAUUUCCUGGCUUGGGUGGAGAAGGCAUGUCAGUUGCCUCUUUUGCCUGACAUCAUCAGAUUUAUCGCCUGGCAACUCACCCCUCUGGAGGCCAGUCUAGAUCUAGAUGCCCAGGUGAUUCGACUGGACAACGUGUGGUAUGAGCGUGUGAAGUCUGCACCGUUCCAUCAAGCUCUGGACAUGCUACAGAUCAUCCAUAAAGAGCCAAGCCACAGGUCUUUACGCCUACCCCCUGAAAUAAGACACCAGCAGAGUUGGGAGGCUUAUGUGAUGGGAACAGUACACCUCAGAGAUAUGACCCACAGCCAGUCUGAGAGUGACCACAGCUUCCAGACAGCUGAGAGAGAACCAUUGGAACCUGCUAAGGAUCCACCCCGGUCCGGUCAGAAGGUAGAAAGGGAGGAAGCUGUCCUGCAGCCUGCCACUACCCAGAACCCCCAGAAGACACAAGGAGCACCGACACCCCCACACUCACCAGUCUUCAUCAAGCAGGAGCUGAAAGGCGCUUGUGGAGGAGUUCCAGACCAACCUGGAGAAACGCCUCUCCCUGAAUAUCAGGACUGUUUGUAUGCAGACCGAGUCCAGUUCUCUCCUGAUGUGCAAGACUUGACUAGCACAGACACUCGUGUGUGUGAGGCAGAACUGGAGGAAACCUUCUCAGGAUCCAACCUGGAUGGGAGGCGACCAUGCGGGGCCACAGAAAACCCCCUCCGGGCUGCCAAGCACAUAAGAGACUACGUACAGAGCAGGCGGACUGAAGCUGUGGUCGGUCUCUGUGCCGUGAUAGAAUGCCUCAGUGAGGGCCAGGAUCCGUUCUACCUGUGUGUGUCAUGCAAGAGCAGACUUAACCGUGACCUCAUCAUUAACCAUGUCCUGAAGUACAGACAUCGGCAGAUGUACCUGACUCUGCGAUACCCUUGGCACUUCAAGGGGCUGUUGGCGGGCCGGGGCCCAGCAGAACAGUCCAUGCUGCUGAUGCAGGUGGCCAAGCAGGUGGAGGAGGAGAACCCCGAUGAACCUGGAACGCUCCAGAAAGUACACCUGGACCCUGCAGACUUCAAAGAGAUCAGACUGAUGCUCUUUGAAAAAGCUGUGACCAGACUGCAGGAGAUCUGCAGGCAGAAGAACCAAACACAACUCCUGACCCUUGUGAUCGAGAAACCAGAGCCUGUGGCGGUCAAACAGGAGGUAAUGGAGGGUCCGGUGAUCUCCCAUCAUGAGGUCAGACAGAAAGGAAAGAGGUGUUCUGAAGACUCGAGGGUCACGGCUCUGGAAAGGAAAAGGCCGAAGGUGUCAGACACGGAGUCUGCUGUUAAGGACAAUGUUCCUGACGCGGCCCCCUGCAGAGGUCCCUCACCGUUCCCCCAACCUAUCCGGGGAACAUCCACCAGCAGAUCCUCCCACAGACCCCCGAACUCUUCACACAAACCCACCAAGACAGACACACAAAUCAAGUCCCAUACAAACAUCUCCAUCAGGGAAAGCGAAUCAAACGUCGUCCCAUUCUCAGACAUUCAUCCAAAUCCCAGAGACAUUACAACAGCCCUAUCCAUGGAUAAAACCCCCUGUGAGCCGAUCGAGAAGGGUUCAACUGCCCGAGCGACCACUCCGGACACAGGGCUCUCUAGUAAUGAUCCCUGUAACACAGACUCUGACACCUCACCCAAAGCUCGCUACAAGCUGCCCCUAAAAUGGUUAAAGAAGCAAUCACACACAGAUGCCAUAAAAGGUCAAAGUUCUCAAAUACCAAAUGCCCAGGGUCCACAUCACUCACAUUCUGACAUGGCUAUAGGCUCACAGAAAAAUGCACACGAACACUCUCCCAUUUCACCUAAGAGACUGCAACAUGAGCAAGCCAUUGAACGACUUUUAAAAUCCUCAGAGCUUCCAAGUCACUCGACCAGCAAUACCUUCGGACACUCAUUUGGCCACUCCAGCAACCCAACCAGUCCUGUGAUGAUAAACGCCUCCCAGACGACCCACCUACAAGAUAUCCCCUUGGGGAAAUCAAAUCAGGCCACCUUAAAUCUAGCUAGGUCCGCCUCCUGUCCUGACCCUACCACAGUCCCGACUUCUCCUGAUAGCCACAUAAAACAGUAUUCCAAGGAAGACUGUCAGAAAUUUGUGGAUUUCGUUCUGUCCUUGCGGAAGAAUGGUAUCAUACCCCAGGCUACCACCUCGGCCAGCCGAAACAACUACGUGGAAGCUGGCAGUAGGGAAAGUAAGACAAAGAAUAUGCAGCUGGAACCACAACCAAGAGGUACACUUGGCGCUGAAAUGAUUGACAGAGAGACAAUGGGUCGGCGUAUCUACACACUGCUGGAACAUCCCAUGCCAUCCCAUGCUCCCAUGCAUCCCAUCCCAGGUGUUAUUAGCUACGCUGAUGCUAGCUACCAUGGGACUGCCAGUGUUGGCCCCUUGAUCACUGACCACAACCCUCCAACGCAUCCAGAGCUCAGGGAAACACAGCUGAUGGAGGGCCACCUCGGAUCACCCUACCCUGGACUUCUCUCCCCUAUGAGUGUUUUCCAUGGUGGGCACUAUUCUGGUGAAGUCUACCCCAGAGAGGGCUAUCCUGAGCAGGGUUCUUUUGAGACGGGAGGAGGCUCCACGUUGAGUUACGGUGGCAGCUUCUACCCACCGUUAUCGGCACCAGUGGCACGAGAGCUGAGAGAUGUCACGACCAACAGGGCUGGCUUGGAGUCUGACACAGCUGCUUACAGGACAUCGGCUGUGACCUCGGGGAUGUGCUCUGAAGUGGAUUACUCUGGUGAUCCAGAUAAAUUACUGAAUUUUUGGACAAACUUAACUUAUGCAAGGAAGAGACACUGACUGCAGCAAGCUGGACUGCUUCAUCCCGGCUACCUUAUUUAGGGAAAGAAGCACCAAGCACACCUGAAUCUACUGUUGCAAAACAAGAGUAUUGAAAUGUAAACGUUUAGUUGGACUCAGCACAUGCUCAAUUUCACCACAAAUAGUGUGUUAAUAGCAGUUAUAUUGUUAACUAUGAAACUGAAUGGUUGAUGAUAAAAGGGCCACUUUUUUACUUUUGUAAUUUUAUUUGGGAAGAGGCCAUGCGUUUUUAUCACAACGUUAUCAGGUAUUGUUAAAAUGUUGUGAAAAACGUUGAAAAUGUGUUAGUGGUUACUCGUUUGUGUUAUUUGUUGAAUGAAAACUAUUGUUUUUGUAUCUACAAUAAAGAAAUGUGUCCUUAAGGACAUCAGUCUAAA